AUCCGCGACCGCCUCAAUCGCGAUCACGAAGUCGCCCAGCUGCUGGACCAGAUCCAAGCCCAGUCUCAGAACCUAAUCAAUAUAUAUCAAGACGAGAACGGCAGCCGGGCGCGAGAGAUCCAGCAAAUCGGCACCGGAGACCCCUUUGAAGAGUUUUAUCGUCAGUUCAAGGACAUUCGAGAACAUCACGCGAGAUACCCCAAUGAGCCGGCAGAGAACUCAGAGCAGCGAUACAAGGUGUCGAAGCAUGGCGAUCCAUCAGAACCCUUGCCCUCCAUUGUCGACUCUCUCUUCUCGGGAGAGGAGGCUUAUGGACGCUUCUUUGAUCUGAACAUCUGCCACGAGUCUUUCCUCAACCUGAACAACGUCAAGCGCCUGAGCUAUCUGCAGUAUCUCGAGCAGUUUGACAACUUUGCUCCCGGUUUCGGGGGGGUCAAGCGGAAUGAGAAGCUUAAUGACCAAUACUUCAAAUACCUCGGAGAGUUGAGUGACUAUCUCGAGUCGUUCAUGCGACGCACCCGGCCGUUGGAGAACGUGGACAAGAUCUUGCAGUCAUUUGACAAAGAGUUCGAGGAGGCUUGGGCAAAAGACGAAGUAGAGGGUUGGUCCCUGGAACAGGCAGCGCCUGCCAAACAGCGCACAGGAGAUGCCAUAUGGUGCGACGAUUGCGAGAAGGAGUUUGCCAACGAAAACGUCUACAAGAACCACCUCAAGGGACGAAAGCACAUCAAAGCCGCAGAGCAGCGAAGCCAGCGGCAGGCGGACUCUGCGCCAUCAGCAAACGGCUCAGGGAAGGGAGCCGUCUCCGCGACUAGGCUGAAAGAGCGAGCUGUUGCAGAGCGCGAAUACAGAAUCAAGCGCCUGGCCAGUGCCAUGAGUACUGAGCGGAGCGACACGCGCGUCAACGUCGAACGCAAGCAAGGAAUGACGGAAAGGGAGCGCCAGCAGGAACUGGAGAACCUCCUCAACGCGAGCGAGACGCGAUAUGAGCCGAUGGAUGAGGGAGAAGGCGAAGGCGAGGACGGCGAAGAAAAGAUAUACAACCCCCUCAAGCUUCCUCUGGCCUGGGAUGGCAAGCCCAUCCCGUUCUGGCUGUAUCGACUGCAUGGCCUCGGCGUGGAGUUCCCAUGCGAGAUCUGCGGCAACUUUGUCUACAUGGGCCGACGCGCCUUUGACAAGCACUUCAACGAGGCCCGCCACGUGUAUGGCCUGAAAUGCCUGGGCAUCACCAACACCAGUCUGUUCAGGGACAUUACGGGGAUUGACGAGGCCCUGAGGCUCUGGGAAAAGAUUCAGAAGGAGAGGAAGAGGGGCAAGAUUGACGACGGCAGCGUCAUCCAGAUGGAGGAUGGCGAAGGAAACGUCAUGCCGGAGAAGGUCUACUACGAUCUACAGAAGCAGGGUCUGCUUUGA